AUGAUUGUUGUUCCAGGUCUGGGUGUCAUGUGCAACCCCCGCAACAAAUGCGCUCUCCAGCCGGGCCACAGUUUGAUGGAUUGGAUCCGACUCGGUAACUCCGGGAAGGAUCUCACGGGCGUCGGCGGGAGAAUGCGACCAGUCACACCCGCUGAACUCUCCACACACAAUACAACAAACGAUGCCUGGCUGGCGAUACGCGGCCGCGUCUACAAUAUAACGCAUUAUCUACCGUACCACCCUGGAGGGCCCGAGGAACUAAUGCGAGGCGCCGGUAUGGACGCCACACAACUCUUCGAUAAAGUUCACCCCUGGGUCAACUACGACUCUCUCCUCGCAAAAUGUCUCGUAGGACCGCUUAGAUUCGAUCUCCCCGAUGCAGAGGAACUCUUCGACACUUCAAACCCGUCACCUAAGUCCGACCGUCUCAGAGAACCGUCUAAAGCGCAAGAAUUAGUUAGAAAGUCCAUGGAGAACUUAGCAAAUUGCAUAACACCGGUUAGGAAGAAAAUUACUAAAGGUGAUGACAAUUCUAAAGGGAGUCCACCUAGCAAGAUUAUGCAGAGCUUAGUCCAGUCCGCUGAUUUACCCAUGUCGAUAAGUCGCAGAGCAGCCUCGAGUCCCGUGAAAAAAACGGACAAGAGUCCAGAUUCACCUCUACCUCUCCGCCAUGAUUGGAUUCAAACAUCAACAAAACUAACGAUAUCCGUGUACACAGGACACCUGGCUAACCCGGGUGGCUGUGCCCGGAUUACUGAAGGCUUUUUGUUGAUUGAAGUUGCGACCAACGGCUGGUUGAGGACGCUUAAAAUAAAGCCCGAAGCUAAAUUAAAGGAACCUCUACAGCUGCGUGUGUUCGCUGAGAGCGGAAAAAUAGAGAUCACCGCACUCAAAGCGGAGCCGAGUGUUUGGAAGGGUUGUGGGGAGGUGACGCUGGGGGCGGCUAGCCGCGUCUCCUCGCCGCGGACCGUCGAGUGCCGGGUCAUGGAGGUGAGCAGGGUGUCACACGACACCUCGCUACUGUCCGUGUGUCCCAGAGCUGGGCCAGUCGUCGUGCCAUUAGGACAUCAUGUACGAGUGCACAGAAGAGUUGAAGGCUCAGAAUGUGUGCGUUCAUAUACGCCUGUUGGUGAGGGCUGGGGACCGCCAGAUGGCACUGAAAUCUUCUCAGCACUCCGACUGGCGGUGAAGCGUUACGACAGUGGUGUCCUCUCACCGCACCUCACAGCACUAAAAGUUGGAGACCUCAUUACCCUCUCUGGACCUUACGGCAACUUUCAACUGCAAAAGCUGAAGACAGUAAAGAGCCUGUAUUUGAUAGCGGCCGGUACUGGGAUCACGCCUAUGCUCGGCCUUAUAAAGUUUAUGAUGUCAAGGUCUAAUCCUAGAUGGCUGAAGAUCACACACGUUCUAUCAGACGCCAGUUCAUCUUGGUCUGGUCACAAAGGUCGCAUCAGGGACGAGUUGCUUACAGAAAUACUAGGACAAGUGAAAUGUGACGACAAAUGUUCUCAUUACGCUUGCUUGUGUGGCCCUACUGAGUUCACUUACGCUGGCCUCGAUUUAUUGAAGAAACAUGGCUUCAAAGACGACUGUAUUCACGCUUUUAUGGGAUGA